ACUCCGGAAGCGGCGCACGGGCGGCGCGAUGGCGGCGGCGGCGGCCGUGUCCGAGGCCUGGCCAGAGCUGGAGCUGGCAGAGCGCGAGCGGCGGCGCGAGCUGCUGCUGACUGGGCCCGGGCUGGAGGAGCGGGUGAAGGCGGCGGGCGGGCGGCUACCGCCUCGGCUCUUCACGCUGCCGCUGCUGCACUACCUCGAGGUGAGCGGCUGCGGCAGCCUGCGCGCGCCGGGGCCGGGCCUUGCGCAGGGCCUGCCGCAGCUGCACAGCCUGGUGCUGCGGCGCAACGCACUGGGUCCCGGCCUGAGCCCGGAGUUGGGGCCGCUGCCCGCGCUGCGCGUGCUCGACCUGUCAGGCAACGCGCUGGAGACGCUGCCGCCCGGCGAGGGCCUGGGCCCCGCCGAUCCCCCUGGGCUGCCGCAGCUGCAGAGCCUCAACCUCAGCGGCAACCGCCUGCGCGAGCUGCCCGCCGACCUGGCACGCUGCGCCCCUCGCCUGCAGAGCCUCAACCUCACCGGCAACUGUCUGGACGCCUUCCCACCCGAGCUCUUCCGGCCAGGAGCUCUGCCUCUGCUCAGUGAGCUGGCAGCUGCGGAUAACUGCCUGCGGGAGCUCAGCCCAGACAUCGCGCACCUUGCUUCUCUCAAGACAUUGGACCUCUCCAACAACCAGCUGACAGAGAUCCCUGCCGAACUGGCAGACUGCCCCAAGCUCAAAGAGAUCAACUUUCGAGGGAACAGACUUCGAGACAAGCGCCUGGAGAAGAUGGUGGGUGGCUGCCAGACCAAGUCCAUCCUAGAGUAUCUGCGUGCUGGUGGCCGCGGUGGUCGGAGCAAGGGCCGGCAAGAAGGCUCUGAGAAGGAGGACAGAAAGAAGAGGCGGGAGCGGAAACAGCGUCGGGAAAGUGGGGAGGGAGAGGAGGACGUAGCAGACUCAGCCAGACUGAUGCUCAAGGUCUUGCAUGUCUCUGAGAACCCCACGCCUCUGACAGUCAGGGUGAGCCCGGAGGUCAGGGAUGUGCGCCCAUACAUCGUGGGGGCUGUUGUGAGAGGCAUGGACCUGCAGCCAGGAAAUGCACUCCGUCGCUUUCUCAACUCCCAGACAAAGCUCCACGAUGAGCUCUGCGAGAAGAGGACAGCAGCGACCAUCGCGACCCACGACCUCCAGGCUGUGCGUGGACCCCUGCUGUAUGCAGCCCGGCCACCUGAGGACCUAAAGAUUGUACCCUUGGGACGGAAGGAGGCCAAGGCCAAGGAGCUGGUGCGGCAGCUGCAGCUGGAGGCCGAGGAACAGAGAAAGCAGAAGAAGAGGCAGAGCGUCUCAGGGCUGCACAGGUACCUUCACCUCCUGGAUGGGAAGGAGAACUACCCCUGUAUUGUGGAUGCAGAGGGAGACGUGAUUUCUUUCCCUCCUAUAACAAACAGUGAGAAGACAAAGAUUAAGAAAACAACCUGCAACUUGUUCCUGGAAGUAACGAGUGCCACUAGCCUGCAGCUCUGUAAGGACAUCAUGGACAACCUCAUCCUGAGAAUGGCAGAACUGAGCAAAAGCACAUCAGAAAGUAAAGAGGAAGGCAUGCUCUCGGGUACAGAAGCUGAUGCUAGCUGUAGGCUUUCUGAUCCCAACAUGAAUCUGAGCACUGGGAAGGAUGGACAGUGCCCCCUGGUGGUGGAGCAGGUCCGAGUGGUGGACCUGGAAGGGAGCUUGAAGGUGGUGUACCCAUCCAAGGCCGAUCUGAUCACCCUCCCUCCCCAUGUGACUGUGGUUCGCUGACAGGCCAGGCUGCAUCACUCAGCCCACCUGUGGCUCCUGUAGGUAUGCUGUAGAUGUCUGUGUAACUGGUUGUUCUUUGCUCCGUUUUUCUGGGUGUUUUAAGUGUCUGCUUUUGUCCAGGUGACUAUUGUAAUGUGAGUUCGUGUCAUCAUUACAGCUCCAAUGUGAUUCUCCUGUCUACUGUCCUCAUGGAUCACUCAAAUAACUGCUGGAAAUGUUCAGAAUCAUGUGGCCAGUAACUUAGGAAAGACACUAAGCCUGGCUGACUGUGCCAGAUAAAUUCAGGUUGAAUGGCAGGCAUUCUAUUGAACCGUAUUUAUUUUUCUACAACAUGUUAAUAGCAUUUUUUUUUUUAACAUCAGCUGUGCAAAGACAGUUGAGAACAUCAUGUUGUGAGCGUAAUCAUAGAGCUUGUUUCCAGGCACAGUCCUGCUACCAUGUUCCCAGGGCAGCAUCUGCCUUCCACAGCUGUGCUUGGAACUGGAGUGCUGGUCAUUGUUGGCACAGCUGCGCCUUAGCCACAGAAGUUACCCAUGCCUGUGUAGUCCUGUGAGUGGAUGGGAAGGCUGGUUUGUGUACUGUCAGUAGCUGAGGAAGCUGUGCCACACACAUGGCCCUGCAGGCUCCAUGUUGACGUGUCCUGCUGCACACAUCCUGUCUGUGUGUGUUAGCAUCUGUACCCAGCACACAGCUGCCAUCCCUGGAGCCAGGGUGCUUGGUCCUAAGGACCCAGCAGCUGCACAAAGAACCUGGUAGCCCCUUGCCUUACCAUCUGGCUGAGAAGAGAACCAGACCCCCAGCCUUCCCACCUGACACCCUCUUGUUGGUGGUCUCUGACCUCAAAGGACAAUUUCUACCUUCUAUAAGAGAACAGCUGUUUGGGGUUGUUUGCCGGGUUUGUUCUAAGGCUUUGUGAGAGCCUUUACCUGUCAGAACUAGUGAAGCUCCAGGCCCCUCAUGGCAGACCUUGGACAAAGCCGGUAGCUGUUCUCCAUGAGACACUGCUGCUCACAGGUCCCUUUGAGUGGCUGUGGCAAGAACUCACCUACUAAGUGUUUAGGGUGGAGCUGCCCUGGGCCCACCCUGUCUCCCCCUAGUUCCUGCUGUUCCCUCCAACACAACCCAGGUGUGAGAUUCAUUGAGAUUUUUGGAACUGUUUUUACAGAUUCAAGCAGAAUGCCUCUUUGUUCUAAUAAAACUAAUGAAAACCCUUGGUAACAA